CAUUUCUAAAGGAACAAUGAAUGAGAUCUUAUUUUCAUCUCCCUCCCAUCCUCCCCCCGGGAGUUUCCUAUCAUGACUUCAAAUGCCAAAAAUUCCCUCAACUCGAUUGCUUUCCUAAGAGGAGGGCAAUUAAAUCAAGGUCCUGAAUAGACUUUUUGCAGAGAGCUGUCCUUCCUUCUCCAGCAGCAGUCAGUGACAGCUCUUCUGGAUUUCAGCUCCCUUGGGACUGUGUUUCAUCAAGUCCCUUUGCCAGGGCCUCUCCGGCAGACAAGCAGCGUCAACAAGUGUCGCACCUACUGCAGAAAACGGCCCUCAAGUUUCAUCACAGUGAUGCUAAAAGAUAUUCUCCUGCUUCAGCAGUGACCUAUUUCAUUCAAGGGCAGGCAAAACAUGCUCUCCUUCCAGAACUUGCUUGGGCACGGACUUUUCCCUCCUAGGAAGACAUGAGUUUUUCUGAAACUGAUCCAACUGUGCUUUGAUCUGUUUGUGGACAAGACCCUGAAUCUGAGUCCCUGUCAGGGGACUAGGACAUAAGGACAUCCAACCCAUGCUUCGCACACAGCCAGGGGACCCCAACAACAAGCCAGCCAUCCAAUAACAUCUCUCGGAUAGACAGUAUUGAAAAAUCACGUGGCAUGAAAGGAUGACAGAUCCUGGCGGCCUUCAGAGGCACACACUAUGUUUUUUAUCAACGUUACUUUCCCAGAAGGUUCCGGAGAAGUCUGAUGUCGUGCUUCGAUGCAUGAUAGCCGGUCAGCCCAAGCCAGAGGUGAUUUGGUAUAAGAAUGGCCAUGCCAUAGAUAAGGGACGCACUAUUUCCAGUUAUGAAUUCUUUGAGAACCAGUAUAUUCAUCUGCUGCAUCUCUCAUGCUGUACCCAGAGCGAUGCUGCUGUUUAUCAAGUCUCUGCAAGAAACUGCAUGGGGAUGAUCUGCUGUUCAGCAUCCAUUGAGGUCCAGUGUCUGCAGGACACACAAGUGUCUCCUGACCCGGUAGGUGGCAGGGAUGUGGCUGGCCAACGUGAAACAGAGAUACAAGAAGACAGCAUAAAUCACUCGGAGGAGAACUGGAGUCCCUGUAAGGAAGAAGGAAGUAUGGCCCCGGGGGUUUGCGUGUCAGCUGAUUCCCACAAAUUCAACCACUCAUGUUCACCCCAAAGAGUGGCCAAUUAUGAGUCCGGUGCUUCCGAUUCUGAGGAUCCUCCAGAUGCCAAAGAGACAAGACAAAGGACAGAGCCUUACAAACCAAAUAACACACAAGAAAGUUCCUUUCAUUUAGAUAACACCACUGGAAAACAAGAUGCAUGCCAGCAUAGGACAGUGCACACCAGUGUCCCAGGGUUAAUUGGUGAUGGCCUAGGUAGCAAAGGGUCUAAUGAGGAGGGUGCUACCCUUAGUCAUCAAAACCCCAAAGGACAGAAAUACAUCAGUUUCAGUCUUCCACUGCCGGAGGCAACCCUGUGUCCUUACCCAGGUGACAGCAACUCCAUCUGCAUGCAGUCGGGCCCACAGGCUUCCAGCGAAGACUCUGACAGUGACUAUGAACUUUGCCCAGAGAUAACCCUAACCUACAUGGAGGAGUUUUCGGAUGAUGACCUGGAGUAUCUGGAAUGUUCCGAUGUUAUGACGGAUUACUCUAAUGCCGUUUGGCAAAGAAGCCUGCUGGGAACUGACCGAGUUUUUUUAUUAGAGAGCGAUGACGAAGAGAUGGAAUUCAAUGAGUGUGGUCUGGGUGGGUGUGAGCAUUUCCUCAGUGAAAUGGGUUGUGGGCCUCGGGUGUCGGGUGACAUGGGGCCUACGAAUGCCACCACUGGCUUGUGCAGUUAUCACUCACAACCCCAGGAAGUAGGGGUCAGGAGCAGCGGAACCUCCAGGCAUAGUCCCUUACCCCUGCAUGCAGGAAUGACUCUUACUCUGGGACCUCACCAGGAUGGAACCGCGAAAAUGACUGAACAGGGAAGGACUCCACUCCCUGCUGCUUCCGAGGCUGUUGAAAAUGAUUGUCCAGGAAUCCGGGGAGAAACCAGAGACAACCCUGAAGCAGGAGAGGAAUUCUCCAGUGACAGUCUGCAAAGCAUGGAUAAGGCAGAGACAGAGGCACAGGUGAAGUCCUUGUCUAGAGGGUUAGACGAGUCAGAGGUGAUGCAGGGUUUGAAAAGCUUGCCUGGGAAAAGAGCAGAUGAAAAGCACCAGGGCAGCAGGAAGGCUGCCCCGAGACCCACCAGGGCCAGGCGGCCCGGAAUGAAGGCAAAUGCCAAGAAGCAGCUGCAGAAAGACAGUGUCCCCAAAGGCACGCUUGAUCCGCUCCCCAAGGAAUCGACUAAGCACCCCUUAACCGCGAGCUAUGGACGAGAGCCCACACAGUCUGAGGCAGGAGCUCCUGGCUGGAAUGCCCACUUCCAUGCAGAACUGUGUAUUCCAAUUCCUGCACAGCAAGACUCCAAAACCCCUCGACCACCGGCAGAGCCUCUUCGGAAUGAAGGGGACACAAGGUUUAAGGGAGAAGGGGAACUGUUUACUAAAUUAUCUGAAGCAAGACAGAUUCCAGACCAGACUGACCAUCUUCAGAUGCAAAUUGAGGAAACCACUGGGGAGAUAAAUUAUCUCGACCAGAUGCCAGCUUUCUCCCUGCCUGUUGGGGAGGAGUCUUCAUUUACUGGGACCACUGCAAAUUUUGUCUCCAACUUGAGUAAGAUCAACAAGGAAAAUGCAUCAUUGACUCAAUACCUGGGCCUGGAAAGCUGUCCUCAAGGGCUCCAGCAGGAAGCCAGACAAAACAGAGACAGCAACAUGCCUGGUGACCUCUGGGCAGAACCAGCAGGUGAACUGAGUGCCCUAGAAGGCAAUGAGGAAGUGUCCCAGGCUCCAUGGUCAGCACACCUCCUUCCUGGUGACAGUGCCCACUGCAGGGAGCCAGAGGCUCUCUCUACUGCUUUCUCUCAGCCCACUGCUCCCUCUCUUCCCCUGGAAGAUGUGGGCAGUGGGCCAAGGGGCAGAAAAACUGCAUGUGUGAUGGGGUGUUUUGAAGCUGGUGACCAAGAAACAUGUUAUGAUACCAUGGAUCUUCCCGUGGCAGCAUCAGUUGAUAAAUAUUUGUCUCAAGAAAUUUGCCCCAUGGACUUGGAACUGACGGAAGGUCAAAGCAAAGUAUGUGAUUUAUGUUCUCCUGACAAGACACUGGCCGUUCUUCAAGCACGAGGUCCUCAGCUUGCACAGUCCACGUAUGAGUGCAGCGAGGAUGGAGAGCCAGCCAAGUGCCCUCUUCCUAAUAGUACCUUCACCUGCAGCGCAUCACAGGAGGCCAGCAAAGGUGCUGUGGGGGAAACUCCAGCAAGUGGGGGGAAUUCUCCCUCCAUCUUCUCCUCCACAGCACCCUGCAACUUAGGAGGGCUCGGGGAGACACAGCCCCUUUGUUCUGAGAAUAACUCCCUCGUGAACGUUAGUGAAGGAGGCUAUGAAGGCGCCCAUCUUGGUGUUGCCAUAGACACACUUGUCAGUUACAGGUCAGUCGGAGGAUACCCAAAAGAACAGUCAACACAGUCAACUGCUAGUGUUGAUUGCCAUCAGGUGACCAAGGAGACCGAGGACACACUAGCUAAUGAAGCCAACGUCCAUACAAUCAAAUGCCAUACUGCUUCAGUUCUUGAGGACAACAGCCUUGUUGAUGGUGCUGACCAGACCUCAUGUGAGGCACAGAAGGAAAAUAAUUUCCAGUCUCUUUCCGACAUAGAGCCAGGCCAUUCUUUAAGCAGCUCUACUAGUGAAAUGACCAGGGAGAUGUUUAUCCCAGCACCCGGUAUUCCAGGAGCUCAUGACCCCCCCUCACUGCCUGAGGGGCAGGGUCUGUGGAGCGCUUCCUUUCAGACUGAUAACCAGCUUGGGUAUAAGAUCCAGAUGGUGGAGGGAGACCACAGCAGAGGUCUUGAAGAGGACUUCCAGGAAAAGGGAAGUGAAAGAAAACAGUGCAUAUCCCACCAGCAUUCUCUUCCUGCAGAUUAUUUCCAAGAAUUUUUGCCCCUGAUACCCGCCAUGCAACAGGAGGCCAAUGUGGAACCCUUCCAGCACUCCCCAGCUGCUUCCAAGGAAGAAACUGGGCAUAGCUUGGAUCCAAGGACCAGUGUCCCAGUGGUGACUGAGAAGACUAUAGAAGACCAUAGUCACCCACUAAGCAGUGCUCCACCUCUCCCUGACAUCCCCCUUCAAGAAAAAGAAGACAUUGGACUAGGAAGUUGGGCUGUGGGCAGCAAGGUGAAGAUCAUAACGCUGGAAGCACCUGUUUAUGAAACCUGGCCACCGGAACAAGCAAUGCAUUCCGGGUACAAGGAGGCCCAAGUUGAUCUCACAGUCCCUAGUAGGGGCUGGGCUCUGUCUGAUAUCCUAAGAGCAGGUGCUACCAGGCCUGAGGCAGGUGCCUUGGGAGUAGUAUCAUGGGUUCCCAGCCCUCAAACUGGCACGAUCACAGCUCUUGCUGCCAACAAGGACACCUGUGCAGGUGAUGUACCAGCCAGACACGCGCAUUACAGCAGUCCAUCUUCCCAGUGUCUGGGCCAACCCAGACUCCUGGAGUCAUCUGUAGACCCUGUGAAGGAAGAGGGGUUAGGUGUCCCAGACUCUCCACUGGAGGUUUCCGAAAGUGGAGCGAUGGAAAGCGUUGAAACCACGAGCGAAGAACAGGAAGGAAGUCAGUGGAGGCCGUGCGACCCUACGCUUGUUAACCGGUUUGUGAGCUUCCCUGGCAUCCUGGAGUCUUCUGUGGAUCCCAUUGAUGACAGAAGUGAGAUGGAGUGUGUCUGGCCUGAGAAGCCAGAGCUCUCUAACUCCAACACAGAAGGGAAUGAAUCCGCCAAUAGGAAAACAUGUCAGAGCGCAGACAUCCAACCUGCUAUCCUGAGGGUUCCACACCCCCAGAGCAGUGGGGAAGUCAUUCCAAACGAAAGCACAAUCAACCAAAAUCACGUAGACAGAGAGCAAGCAGACACCAAACAAAGUCAGGCUAAGAAAGCAAAAGCAGAGGCCCAGGCUGCCAUUUGCCAAGCCCAAUGUCCUGGUGAAGAGAGACAAGGAAUUCCAACUGUAGGCAGCAAGAGCCAAGUACAAGAUGGUAAUGACAGAAGCCUAGGAGAGGCUGGGCAGAUGGGAAAGGACAUGGCUGAAUUAAUUUCCUCCAUGUCACCUCUUUCUAGUCGCCCUGUAGGAAUGACUCCUGCAUCUGUUGAGGUUGACACCAACGACUCCACAGGCCACACUUACGGUGGAUCUGAGCCCAGAAACCAUCAAGAUGUGCUUCCUGCGUGGAAGGAAAAAGGAACCAUGGAGAGUGAGUGUGGGAAACAUGUGCCCUCUUCGAAUGGUCUCACACAGAUGCCUUGUGCUUCAUCUCCCAAAGGAAAUGUCACACGCUUGUCAAUAAGCCAUGACAUUGAGGAAGUGAAAUCGGAGGAGCUUCAAAUUGCGGAAACCAAACCCCUAAAUCCACCCCACUCCCCAACAAUGGCCUUGGCUUUCAUUUCAGGAGACUGUGAGUCAGAGAAAACCCCUGAAGGCAUAUUACUUAAGGAUCGGUGUCAAAAGUGCUCCCCACUAGCUAGCAGGGAAAAGUCCAGAGAGGAACAGCAGAAGCACCUGGAGACCCAGACCAGCAAGGCACCUGGGGCCCGAUCAGCAAUGGCUGGGGCAGAGGAGGACAAGAAAAAGCAAGAGGCCUCGGGAAGUGGACAUUUAGCAGCAGGGGUAAAAAAGAAAAUUCUAUCCAGGGUAGCAGCCCUGAGACUCAGACUGGAGGAGAAGGAAAACAUGAGAAAGAACACCAUUCUGAAGAAAACGCCCAAGUUUGAAAAGUCCUUGUCCCGCACCGACGAGAAAAAAGACUCCAAAAAGGCCCCAUGCAAAGCAGAAGGGAAAGCUCCAGUGUUGUUGAAGAAGAUCCAGGCAGAGAUGGCUCCCGACCACCCUGGGAAUGUAAAGCUGAGCUGCCAGUUUGCAGAAAUUCAUGAAGAUUCUACCAUCUGCUGGACAAAAGACUCGAAGUCAAUAGCCCAGGUGGAGAGAAGCGCAGGGGACAACUCCAGUGUUUCCUUGGCCAUCGUCCAAGCUGGUCAGAAGGACCAGGGCCUGUAUUACUGCUGCCUCAAGAACAGUUAUGGAAAAGUCACUGCUGAGUUUAACCUCACAGCUGAAGUUCUCAAACAGCUGUCAAGUCGCAUGGAAUAUAGAGGAUGUGAAGAGAUUGAAUUCAGCCGGCUCAUCUUCAAAGAGGAUGUCUUCAAUGACAGCUACUUCGGGGACCACCUGCGUGGCCAGAUCUCCACGGAGGAGCUUCACUUUGGGGAAGGGGUGCACCGCAAAGCUUUCCGUAGCACAGUGAUGCAGGGCCUCAUGCCCGUCUUCCAGCCCGGCCACGCAUGCGUGCUCAAGGUGCACAACGCUGUUGCCCACGGGACCAGAAACAAUGAUGAGCUUGUGCAGAGGAACUACAAACUCGCCGCCCAGGAAUGCUACGUUCAAAAUACUGCCAGAUACUACGCCAAGAUCUAUGCUGCGGAAGCACAGCCUUUGGAAGGCUUUGGAGAGGUUCCAGAGAUCAUCCCUAUUUUCCUCAUCCAUCGGCCCGAGAACAACAUCCCUUAUGCCACAGUGGAAGAGGAGCUGAUUGGAGAAUUCGUGAAGUAUUCCAUCCGAGACGGGAAGGAAAUUAACUUCCUCAGACGGGAUUCAGAGGCUGGUCAGAAGUGUUGCACUUUCCAGCACUGGGUGUACCAGAAAACCAGUGGCUGUCUCCUGGUCACGGACAUGCAAGGUGUGGGGAUGAAGUUAACUGAUGUUGGCAUAGCAACACUAGCUAAAGGGUACAAAGGCUUCAAGGGCAACUGCUCCAUGACCUUCAUCGAUCAGUUUAAAGCGCUGCACCAGUGUAACAAGUACUGUAAAAUGCUGGGGCUGAAAUCCCUUCAGAACAACAGCCAGAAGCCUAAGAAGUCAAGCAUCCUGAAAGGCAGAGUGCAGACAAACUCGGCGCCAGUGAAGCCACCGGAGUCUGGGACUCCCACGGAAAAGAAAGCCUAGCAUCCCUCUCUCAUCCCUUAGUAACAAGCGACCACCAGCUGGCAGCACACAGGCCUGCGAGUGGACGUCUGCCGACACAGAACAGGAACCUGCAGGGAGUGUCCCAGUCCUUCCCAGCCCACGGUCAUUUGCUGUCUGCUGAAACGACUUUGGAAGGGAUCCUUGUGACUAGCCUUGUGGGAGACUCAUCAGUCCUGGUGUCAGUCUCAAAGACAGUCUGCUUUUAUGUGCCCUGCUAGUGUUUCUACACACCUCACGUCGUGUGUCUGUUUGUGUGUUGCACGUGGGUUGUCGUCAAGAGUUCCAUGCCGCAUGGCAACUGUCCACCUUGUCUUCUCACCUCCGGACGUCUGAAAUCAUGAAUGUCACGUGUCACUUAUGCUAUUGUUGCUGGAGGUGGCUUCCAAGUGUGAGGCCAUUUCCAAGCACUGUUCACAUAGCCUGGCACAGUGUUCUGUUUCAAUAAAUUCGUAUUAAAACAAAA